AGUAAACUAUUCUUAUCGGGCAGUGACUGAACUGAGUGGUAUUUUUAAGGAUACCAAUUUAGUACGUUUUUAAAGCAUGGUAUGGUUCUUCGACCCAGCCUUGGCCACACUGAAAGCAGCCUGCAACACGUUCGGACGCGAACAGACGUGCACUCCGAUUCGAAUUUCGAAAGCCUUGCGAUGUGCUACCCUCCGGGCCGUUGUUGACGCGGUAAAUCGAGGCGGAAAAAUCGAUUGUGCUCGUGUGAUUAUUUUUGUUUUGGUUUGCGGCCUCUCGCCCCCGUAAUCCCCGCGCGGCCUCGGCCACAUGACUCAUGCCAGGCAGCAACAAUGAAAAACCACAAUAAGUACGUCAAGUUGCCCCAAGACCUCGAUCUGAGUUUCCACAGCGAUUUGGACCUGCUGCCGGACACGGCGGCCGACAUCGACGUUGAACUAGACGCGGCUGCGGACGCGGAUGUGGCCGCGCUCGGUGUGAACGUGCCCGCGUCUCUGGGCCUGGACGACGACUACGACGACGAGCUAAUCGCCGCCUCUGGCGGAGGAGGCCUUCGACUAGCCCCCACGGCGGAGGAGGCAGUGGCGGCCCUCAGGCAGCCCCAACAGCGCAGGCAGCGGAAGAAUCCGAAUCAGCAGAAUCAGCUGGAGCAGCAGCAAAUCCUGGCCAAAGGCAAGAUCUGUGGCCUGGGCAGCGACAGCGUCAUCGAGACGGGUCUAACCCUCACACCCGAGAUGUUGUUAUCCACCUCGGAAUCAUCGACCCACAGCGCCUCCGAGGUCGCCGGACGACUGCAGGUGGACGUGCGGACCGGCUUGAAAUGGACGGAGGCCAAGUACCGUGCCAAGAUAAUCGGACACAAUGAGCUGCUGCUCGUCGCCGAGGAGCCCACCUGGAAGAAGUACAUUGAGCAGUUCCGCAACCCGCUCAUCCUACUACUCUUGGGCUCGGCCCUGGUGUCCGUGAUCAUGAAGCAGUUCGACGACGCCGUCAGCAUAACCAUCGCCAUCCUGAUCGUGGUCACGGUGGCCUUUAUCCAGGAGUACCGCUCCGAGAAGAGUCUGGAGGAGCUGAAGAAGUUGGUGCCGCCGGAGUGCCAUUGCCUGCGCGAAGGUCGCUUGGAUACCUUCUUGGCACGCGAAUUGGUUCCCGGCGACAUUGUUCACCUCAAUGUGGGCGAUCGAGUUCCGGCGGACGUGCGACUUUUCGAGGCCGUGGACCUUUCCAUCGAUGAGAGCAGCUUCACCGGCGAAACAGAGCCGGCUCGCAAGAUUACCGACGUCCUGCUGAACAACACGAACGUGAAGGAUCACAGCAACAUGAAGAACAUUGCGUUCAUGGGCACUUUGGUGCGCUGUGGCAACGGCAAGGGCAUUGUGGUCAGCACCGGGGAGCGCAGCGAGUUCGGCGAGGUCUUCAAGAUGAUGCAGGCCGAGGAGGCACCAAAGACGCCGCUGCAGAAAUCGAUGGACAUCCUGGGCGCCCAGUUGAGCUUCUACUCUUUCCUGAUCAUCGGCGUCAUCAUGCUGCUCGGAUGGCUGCAGGGCAAACCGCUCUCCGAGAUGUUCAACAUCAGCGUUUCGCUGGCAGUGGCGGCUAUUCCCGAGGGUCUGCCCAUUGUGGUGACUGUAACCUUGGCCCUUGGCGUCAUGCGAAUGGCCAAGCGGAAUUCGAUUGUGAAAAAGCUACCCACUGUGGAGACUCUCGGUUGCGUGAAUGUCAUCUGCUCCGACAAGACGGGCACUUUGACCAAGAACGAGAUGACAGCCACUAUUAUCAUCACCUCUGAUGGCUACAUGGCGGAUGUGACCGGCGCUGGAUACAAUGACCAAGGGGAGAUUCACAUUCGGCACUGCAACAACGUGGAGAUGGCCAAGACAAAUAUUACCAACCUCCUGGAAAUCGGAGCGGUCUGUAACAAUGCUUACAUCCAGAAUGGCACGCUGCUCGGCCAACCCACCGAAGGAGCCCUCGUGGCGGUGGCCAUGAAGAACGGCAUGUACGCCACGGCCGAGAACUAUGUUCGCAUCCAGGAGUAUCCCUUCAGUUCGGAACAGAAAAUGAUGGCUGUCAAGUGCAUCCACAAGUACAACAACAACAAGGAGGAGAUUUUCUUCGCCAAGGGGGCGCUGGAAACCCUCCUGCCGCAGUGCACCAAGUACCAGUUCGGCACCCAGACGGUGCCGCUGACCAAGCAGAACGAGGCCGAGUUCCUAGCCGAGGCGUACGAGAUCGGACGCAAGGGCCUCCGAGUGCUGGCGUUGGCCAAGGGAAGGUCCAUGCAGGAUCUGGUCUACUGCGGCCUGGUCGGCAUUACCGACCCACCGAGGCCCCUCGUCCGGGAGUCCAUCGAGAUGCUGAUGCAGAGCGGCGUGCGGGUCAAGAUGGUGACCGGAGAUGCCCAGGAAACGGCCUUGGCCAUUGCGAAUCUCAUCGGCAUCGAUACGAUCCACCACCAGACGCUAUCCGGCCAGGAAAUCGAUCAGAUGAACGAGCACCAGCUGGACAAGGUGGCCAACAACGUGAGCGUCUUUUACCGCGUAUCGCCGCGCCACAAACUGGAGAUAGUGAAGUCCCUGCAGCGCACUGGGAACAUAGUCGGGAUGACUGGCGACGGUGUGAAUGACGGAGUGGCCCUGAAGAAGGCGGACAUCGGCAUUGCUAUGGGCAAAAAUGGGACGGAUGUGUGCAAGGAGGCGGCCGAUAUGAUUCUGGUCAACGACGACUUCCACACCAUCAUCGCCGCCAUCGAGGAGGGCAAGGGCAUCUUCUACAACAUCCGGAACUUUGUGCGCUUUCAGCUGAGCACAUCCAUAGCCGCCUUGGCCCUCAUAGCACUGGCCACGCUGAUGGACAUUGCCAAUCCGCUGAACGCCAUGCAGAUCCUGUGGAUCAACAUCAUAAUGGACGGUCCGCCGGCCCAGUCGUUGGGCGUGGAGCCCGUGGACCAUGACGUGCUCAAGCAGAAGCCGCGCAACGUCAAGCAGCCGAUGAUCACGAAGUCGGUGGUGGUGAAUGUUUUGCUCAGCGCCAGCAUCAUAGUGCUCGGGACGCUGUGGGUCUUUCAGCGCGAGAUGGCCGACGGGACGCUGGGCAAGACCAAGCGGGACACGACCAUGACCUUCACUUGCUUCGUAUUCUUCGACAUGUUCAAUGCGCUCUCCUGCCGCUCGCAGACGAAGAGCGUCUUCACCAUCGGCCUGACCACCAACCGCAUGUUCCUGCUGGCCGUCGCCUUCUCGAUUAUUGGCCAAAUGCUGGUCGUCUACUUUCCGCCGCUGCAGAUGGUCUUCCAGACGGAGGCCCUGACGCCCUACGACAUCUUCUUCCUGGUCUCGCUCACCUCCUCCGUGCUGGUCGUCUCCGAGAUAAAGAAGUGGUUCGAGCGCACCAUGGAGCGCAAGAUGUACAGCACCCGCUCCGAGCUGGACUUUGUAUGACAAAACGCAAGCGCUAGAGACGAUUUGCAUCCAAAAGCCGAGUAAAUUAAACUAAACUAACUAAAAAAAAACCCAUAAAAAAAGCAAAACUAUGCCAAAACAAGCGAGGAGCGCGGAAGCAGAAGCCGGAACAGGAUGUGUGUGUUUACUUUUACAUUUGACUCGACCAAUUAGCGGAGAUUUGAUAAAUCGACAAUGUGGGUUUCGACCAGACUGUGGGCGUAACAGGGAUUUUCAUAGAUUUGACGUAAGCUUCCAGGUUGGUUCUUUGCUCUCUCUCUGUUAUUUUUGCCUUGUUCUAUGAUUUGCAAAGAGUUUUGUUUUAUUUUAAUGUACUGUAUUGUGUUUAUCAUCUAAGUAGACAAUUUGUGUGUAGAACUAUUCUCUUUGUAUGACUUAUUUUAAAACAGUUUCCAAAACUAUUGAUAUCUCAGCGUUAAGCGCGUAAAAUUCAUUAAAUUCUCCAAUUGGCUGCAUGCCUACCCUUGCACCUACUUUCCAUUUCCAUUCUACGUCUAAGUGCUGCUCUAGUUUUAAAUGCUCAUCACGCAAAUUAAGUCAAUUCGAAGUGUUUAAUAUUUUAUAAAAAUGUCGGCAAAAACAGUUUAAUGUGAUAUUAUUUUAAGCACAUAAACCAGAUCAUCUCACAAGUGGGGGAAGUGCAAAUCUUUAAUUUAUGUUCAUUUGCAUCUCAGCUUGUGGGGUUAAAUAUUUUAGUUUUGAAAAAUAAAACUUAAACUGUAAAGAAAUUGUAAA